AUGUUUUUAUAAACUUUACUUGCUUUCCUUUUGUGGGUAUAGUUGUGCUCAUCUAAUACUCUCACAUGCUUUUAUCAAUAUGAUGAUUCCCAGCUUGAAAUUGAUUAUUCAAGGCCGCAAUAAAAAACUAUAAACCUUAAAUCUAACCUAAUUGAGAAUAAUGCAAAAGGGUUUGGAUUUUGGUCAAAAUACAUAGCAAUUAUGGAUUUUGAUUCUUUUACUCAAUAUACUCGACCUUGUGAUGAACAAUAUUCAUUUAUGGGUUAAUGUAUUUUUAAUGGAUUUUUUUUCAUGAAAAUACAAGAUUAAAAUCAAGAUAAUGUAGCAGCUAUAAUUCUCAAUAUGAAGGAUGAACCAAUAAGCCUGACUCAUGAAAUAUACUUGUUUGCAGUAGGUCCAAAUGAGUAUUAAUCUGCUAAAUUUAAUUUUGAUGCCAGUCAAUAUCAAAAUACUUGGUAUUAUACGUCAAUUGUUUAUUAAGAUAUCGAUCAUAAAUUAAGAAUGUUUACAAAUUUUGAAUAUUAAGUCUACUCAUUCGAUUGCCAGAUUAUGACUGAUGAAAUAACCAUCCUUUUGGGAGGCUAUGAUUAAUAGUUUUAUAACAACUAAGUUUUUGAUGGAUACUAAUUACUCUUUUUUAAAGGGUAUUUUUCACCAAUACAAGAAUAUGAUGAAUUUGGAUAUUCUGAUGAUUUUUUUUAAGUCUUAUUUACGUAAUGCCAAUUUUAAGAAUAGCUCACACACACCAAGAUAUAUGAUGAGAAUGCAAUAAUAGAUCCAAGUUAAUUUCAAUCAGAUGAUUUCUCAACUUUAUCUUACCAAUAUCAAAUUGUAAAUAAUCGAUACUUGGUUAAAUGUUGGGUUAAAUAAGAUUACUAAGAGGCUUUUCAAUAUUAUUUAAAUUCAUAUGACCGAAAAUAUUUAUAGCUUAGGCAAACAUUGUUUCAUAUUGAUUCAUUAAAGUACUUCCUCCAAGAAUUGCAGGGAGAUAGACUUCUCGAUUUAUAUUAUGAAGUCGAUUUUGAAAACAAUAAAGAAACAAUUAUCAAAAUUUCGUCAGAAUUCAUAAAAAUACCUCUUCUAGUAGAUUAGUAUAGCGAUGAGAACUUAAGACAAUACGAUACUGUAAUUGUACGCAAGGAUAAUUUAUAUGAAUUAACUUAAUAAUGGCAUUAUGUAAUCAUUGAAUAUGGGAGGAAGCCUUUAAAUGGAGCUAUUUUUUAAAUACAAUUUAUUUUUCUGAAUGAAGAACAUCUUAUUUAUAAUUUAGGAACAUUAGGCUAUAACACUUAGUUACUUGGUUCAAAUAUAAUACAAUAUGUACUUAGAUAGGAUGACAAUUAUAUAAAAAGCAGAUCAAAAGUUCGUCGUCUUAAGUUUAUCACAGGAUAUCAUGAAGACAAUAAUUAAUCAGAAUUGGAAUGCCAUUCUAGUUGCAAUGGUUGCUUUGGACCAAUGAACUAUCAAUGUAAAUCUUGUUAUAUUGAAUUCAAUUAUGAAUUAACUUCAUUAAAUAUUUGUGACUGCAAGUAUCUGACAUCAUUUGUUUAAAACCUACAAAAGUGCAAACCUAUUGAAGAAUUUGAAUACCUAUAAAUUUCUUAGGAAAAAUCACAGAAUUUGUGCAAUUUUGGGUAUUUCUAAGUAAAGCAUAAAAAUGAAAUAUUUUGCAUUUAGUGUCCAGAAUAUAAAAAAGAGAGAUUGCUAUGUGGCGAUUGCUAUCAUUAUUCGACCACAUGGUAUCUGAAGCCAGUUUGUACAUUUGAUUACAUCUAAUAAUCAGAAGAAUUGCCUUUUAUUAAAAUUGUUAGAUAAAAUAUUCAUAAAGAUGUUUAUUAUUUAGACGAUUUAAUUUAACUACAGCUUCUUUAAGGAGCUGCUGAUUUUUGUGAUGACCAUUAAGAUGAUUGCCAAGCCAGUCAAAAUUAUCAUCUAGGCUAGUAAAUCAGAAUGAAAUGCAAAAUAAAUCAUUUUUUUUAAAAUAAUUAAUGUUAGAUCUGUGAUCCAUAUUGUAUUGAUUGUUAAUCUAAAAAUAUUUGCCUUAAUUGUAUCGAGACUCAUUACUUCAAUGCUUAAUCAUAGAAAUGUGAAUUCUGCCCUUAAGAAUGCUUAACUUGCAAAAGAGAUCAUAAUACUGAAACUGGGUAUCGAUGCUUGACAUGUUAUGAGUUUUAUGCACUGACCUAGGAUGGGAAAUGUUAAAAAUGCGGAUUUGAUUGUGAGUAUUGUAGAGAAGAUUAGAAUAUUAUAACAUAAUAAUAUUUCAUGAGAUGCUUAAAAUGUAGGGAUGAAAAAGUAAUGGCCAUCAGAUUUGAUGGUAUUAACUGUAGGGUAAUUGUCAUUUAAAAUUGUUAAUAUGUAAUGCUUGUUUCCAGGGCCAAUAUUUGGGCUUAUUCUACCUUUGAUUAUAAUUUUGAACCAAAAAAUGAUAUUGAUGAUGAAUUCCCUAUUUGUGGAUAAUGUGAAAACGGUUAUGGAUAUAAUUUUUAUUAUGAACAAUGUGAACCUAGGUUUUACGAUACAAAUUGUGUUUAGUCUUAUUUUACUCAACUACUUUAUAAUGGUGCUAUCUACGAUUAUUAAUAAAUUUGUUUGAUUAAUAAUUAUUAUAGUGGUCCUGCCACUUAGGGAGACGAUUGCUCAUAAUAAAUUGCGAAUUGUAGACUUUGUUAUAAUCCAUCAUAAUCAAUGCCUUCUUUUUUUUGUAUUGAAUGUAAAUAAGGAUAUUACUCAAAUCAUUCUACUGGAUUAUGCUCUGUGUGUUUAGAAUCUUUGAAUUGCAACACUUGUUACUAUUCUAUCAAGGAAUUUAAUGAUUAAUGGAAAGUCAACCUUUAAACUUUCCAUUAAUUUUUGAAAUAAUAAUACAAUUCAAAAUAUUUUUUUACCAAGGAUGAGAGCAAUAAUCCUUAAGAUUAUUAAUUAAUAUGUACUUCAUGUAAGGCUGGCUUUAAGUUGUUGGAUGGAAAAUGCAUUAAGUAUUGUGAUUCAAACUGUCAAAACUGUUAAUACUCAGAUGGAUAAUAUUAUUGUUAUUAAUGUGGGAGUAAUAAUUACCACCAUUUUUUGAGUUUAAUUCAAUAAAAAUGUUCAGAUUGUCCUAGUUAUUGUGAAUUUUGUAGAGAAAGAUCGUCAGAUGAAAUGCUGGCAUUAAAUUCUAAUUUUGUUUAAAAUUAAAAGAAUUAAAUCUAUUCUUAUUAAUGCCUUAAGGCCUACUCAUUUAAUCAAAAUCUAAAUUAUGAUUAGGAAUUCGGAUAAUUUAUCCCUUGUUAAAAUUAAAUUGGUUGCGAGAAUGUUAUUAAUUUUGAAAUGAAUCUAUACUGUGCUGAUGAUGAUUACUAUAGAGCAUUAUCUUUAAUUAGUGAUUAGAAUUAAUAAAUUCAAUUCAAAAUGAAGAACAUUCGGUUUGAUUCCUUGCUAUAAUCUAGCUCCCAAAAAUCUAGUUUUGAUGAUCUUGAAAUAGAUUCAAAAUUUGACAUCAUGAAUAAGAAAUUUAUUAGAAAAAUUAGAAUUUAUAUCACAUCCAAUCAAGAAUAGACUUGUUCAGUUAAUUAAAUAAGUUAUAUCUCUUAAAAGUUUUCCAAGAACGUAUUUAGUCUAAUUGAUGUUUAAUUAAUAAUUUCUUCUAAAUUAGAAUAGCCUCUAAAAAUCAAAGUUUAUCAUGAGUUGCACUUUUUGGAUUUUUCAUUUUUAAGAUUUGAAAAUAUUGAAUUUGAAAUUGAAUAAUCUACAAAUUUAAAAUUAAUUAGUGUUGCAGGAUUUUAACCAAUUAAUUUAGAAAUGGAAAAAAUAGAUUUUUAACCUUCUGUGAAGAAAUAACCAUCCUUUCUUAUAUUUCAAGGCAAGCAAAUUUCUUAAAUAUAUUUUAAUGAAAUUCAUAUUUAAGACUUAAUAUUUGAGAAUGAAAAUAUAACAAGCAUCUUUCAGCUAUCAUUCUUAUCAUCCAAUGCAUUAAUUUAUAUUAAGAAAUUUGAAAUCUUGAAUUGCAAUUUUCAUAGAGUAAAUGUGUUUGAAUUCUUAUCAAAUUAAACAAUUUCUAUAUAAUUUGAUCAAAUAAAAAUAUAAGCCAAUUUAAAUAUUAGUUCAUUAUUAACAUCAAAAAUCAAAGACAUAAACCUCUUAAACAUUUCAAACUUUUUAAUUUCUGGUUAAAUGUAAAAUUCAGAGCCUUUCAUAAGUUUUAACAAUACAGAAAUCGCUUAAGUUGAAAAUCUAACAGUAAGUGAUAUGACCCUUAUAGAUUCCAUUUUUAUGUAAUUUGAGAAGUAUGUCUUAAUCAAUAAUAUAAAUAUUAAUUAAUGCAAAACUGUAGGAAUUGUUUACAUUAUCAAUAACUUUAUGCCUAAAGAAAUGAGUAAUCAAACGCAUUUAAAUUACUUUAUGAAUCAAAUUAAAAUACAAAAUUUGAAUUCAAAUUAUCUCUCAUAAAUAAUAUACUUGUAACCGUUUCACUCUGCUUUAUCUUCAGUAGAUAUAAAGAAUAUUCUACUUUCAAAUAUCACUUUAAAUAAUCAAAAUAAUUUUUAGAUUGAUUAAUUUGAUUCCUCUGUCAUUCAUAUCGAAUUGCAAAUUGUGAGCAUUUAAUAUUGUACAAUAGAAAGAGGCUAUGGAUUCAUUUAAUUUUUGUUAAAAAACAUUUAAAUAUUAGAAAUAAUAGAGUUGCAAGCACAAUAAUUGAAAAGACAUUAAUUGCAUUAAUUUUAUGAUUGUUCUGAUUUUAACCCUAGUCACUAUAAAAGCAUUAUGAAAUUAUUAGAUGUACAAAGCAUUUAUUUUGAACACUUUUAUAUCAUUGACUUUAAUGUGAUAAACUCUGCCCUAAUUGUAUUUUAAAGUUAUUCUUAAUUAUUGACUGAAUCUAAAUAUUACUUAGCAAACUUCAUAAUCAAAGAAAAUAUUAUUAUUGUAUCUAAAUCUUAAGAAAGUGCCUCACUAAUAUAUCUUGAUAGCAAAUUAUAGACUUAAGUCACUCUUAUUAACAUAGAGAUUACAAGAAAUUAAUUGCAUAACUAUGGAUAAAACUUAUUCAUAUUUUCAGCCGUAGGAGUUUUAAUAAAUUGUCCUUCUGGAGACAUUAAAAUGGAAUCAAACAUAUUCAAUUCAAACUUUGCAACUAACUCAACAGACACUAUUGCAUACAUCUUUGCAAAAUCCAUCGUCAUGAAUAAGAUUCAAUUCUUCAAUAAUUCAAUUUAUAACAUAGAUUUACUGUUAAAAAAUAUUAUUCUUAGUUUCCCUAGAGAUGACAUUGUCAGGCUUAGUAAUUUAAAGAAUAUCUUUCCAUUAAUAAGUGAGGUAGGAAAUUCAUAUCUUUAAGCUGAAACAGUAAUUGUUUAAAAUUGCUAAGUUGAAAAUUCAUCAGGAAAGAGCGGAGUGGGAUUUUCCAUAAAUGCACUCAUUAUAAAAAUCAUACAUGUAGAUUUUAAAAAUUUAAAAACUCAAUUCAAAAAUAAUGAAGAGCAUGGAGCUUGUAUUUUUAUUGACAUCCCAUCUCAGAGCUCUUAGAUUUUUCUUUAACACAUUAGUGCCUAAAACAUAAUUUCCAAGGAUUAUGGAGGCUUUCUCUAUAUAAAAUCAGAUCAAGAUUAUUUGAAUCUUACUCUUAAAAAUCUCACUUUAUAAAGAUGUGCAUCUUCUAAAGGAACAGUUCUGUACGCAUCUUUUUAAAAAUCUUCAUUAUCAAAUAAAUUGAACAUUCUAGAUGUCAACAUAAUAGAUUAAUUCAGUGCCUUAUAUGAUUACUUUUAAUAGAUGGUUAUCAAUCCAACUGUCUAAAUUAAUCUAUAUAAUAGAACUUCGUUUUACGCUGAAAAUUCUGUUAUGAACUUUUCAAAUAUAAACUUAUCAAAUGUGCAUGGAGAAUCAUUACUUUAUUGCAUUGAUUAAGGAAAUAUCAUCUUGAAUUAAAUUAGUAUCACUAAUGGUACGAUGCCAAAAUUAAGUCUAAUAUACAUACAACCUAGAAAUGAUUUGGAAACUAUGAUAAAUAUCAAAGCAUUGCAAGUUAAGAAUUUGUUAUAAUAUAACUUCUAAGGUGAGGGAUGUUAAAUACCUAAUUAGGUGAAAUCUAAAAAAAUUUAAAAUAUGUAAUGUUAAUUUGAGCUUCCAAAUAAUAAUUUUUAAAGGGAUAUUGAUAUAAUUAGUAGCUAAGUUAUGGAUUGUUUAUAUAAUCAAUAUCUUUAUUCCUAUACAAUUUAGUAGCAAGCCAUUGUAACAAUAACUUAGAUAAAAGACUCCGAUAUUAUCAUGUUUUUGGACAUAAGUUUCAUCAACAACGAUAAUGCUCUAUCGAAAAGUGGUGUUGUGUUUUUGGAAUUGAAUAAGUAAAAAUACAAUACUUAUUAAAUUUCAAUUAAAAAUGUGAAUAUAAGAGAUAAUUAAUGCGGUUAAGUAGGUUGCAUAUAUCUAAACUCCGAUAUUUAUAAUGAAAAGUCGUCCUCAUUAUUUAAUCAAAAAAAAAGAAUCUUAUAAAAAACUAAAGAAUAGAUAUUAGCACAACUUAAACAUGAUAUAGUCAUUGUUCAUUAUAAAUGUUUGGGAAAUUCUGCAGAAUUCGGAACAUGUUUAUUUUCAAAUUAAACCAAUAUUCUUAUAUAAAAUUCAAUUCUAUAAAAUAAUUAAGCAAAUUAAGUUGGAGGAACUAUUUAUUUUAUUGGACUAGAAUCUAGUUUAUUUGUAUUGGAUUCUCAAAUCUAAAAAAAUUAGGCAUAAAUUGCUGGUGCAAUCUAUUAUGACAAUAGUAUAAGUUAGGAGAUUCGAACAUUCGAGACUAGUUUUUCAGAAAAUCAUGCAUCUUUCUUUGGAAAUGAUCUUGUUUAAGCUCCAGAACAUUUAUCAAUUACAUUAAAUAACUAUCGAAGCAUUUUUAACUCUUAUGCAAUUUAUAAAAAUAAUGACUCAUUGUAUGAAUAAUUAGCUAAUUCGAAUACUGAGAAUUAAGUAAUUUUUUUACCUAGUGGUACUCCAAUUCAGAAUUAUCAAUAAUUUAACUAGGAUUCCUAGGAAUUAUAAUCGUUGGACUUAACCUUUAGGAUUGUUGCUUUAGACAACGAUUAUUCUAAAUAAUUCAACUUGACCAAUUCAAAGUGUGUCAUAAAAACUAGGUUGUUUGAUUUGGAAAAAUAAGAAUUCAAAGAUGUUUAAAAUCAAACAUUCAUAUCUCAAAAUUCUGUCUAUUUUAAUACAACCACAAAUGAUUAUAAUCUAGAUGAUUUGAUUAUUCUAUUUGACAGUGAUAAUACAAAUAAAUAAUACUUAUAAUUAGUAAUAACUUGCGAUAGCAUAAAAAUAAAACAAUAUGAUGAAAACAAUCUCAUUAUCAAAUCAUUCCACGCUAAUUACAAAUUAUUCGUCAAUAUUAACACUUAUAAAUGUAGAGUAGGAGAAAUCAAGUCUUUAACAGAUAUGUCAUGCCAUGAGUGUGCUUCAGAGUUAGACCAAUAUUCACUAAAACUUAAUUCGAAUAAGUGUAACAUAAGGGACGAGCAAACUACCUUAAAUGUCACUUCAUUCAAAUUAAAUCUAAGAAAGGGGUUUUGGAGACCAUACUUUGAUAACAAUUAAAUUGAAGAAUGUUAUAACUUAAAAGAGAAUUGCAUUGGAUAGUGGGAUUACGGAGAUAGUUCAUGCUACGUAGGUCACAUCGGAGCAUUGUGCGAGUAGUGUGAUAUCUAAAACACAAGAGGACAGGGAAAAUUCUCAAAUGCUUAACAAUAUACUUGUGGAUCUUGUGAUGUAAUUAGAUUUAAUUUGCUCUAAAUUGUGGGGUUCAGUACUUGGACAUUAAUAACCAUUGUUCUUAGUGUUAAAGGGGCAAUAACAAAUCAAUAUUAUUUCCUAGAAUCUCCUUACUUAAUCAAGAUCUUUACCAAUUAUUUAUAGAUCAUAAGUUCCUUAACUUCAUUCAAAUUAAAUUUGCCAGUCAGCUAUUUCUAUUUUUUAAAUGGAGUUGGAAGUCCAAUACAAAGGAUUUCCCAUUCUAUGGAUUGCUAUCUAAUUAAUCUAUCCUAUUUGGAUAUUCAUUAUAUUAGAUUAAUUUGGUAAUUAAUACUUCCAUGCAUUUACUUCUUAAUCCUAGCUUUAUUUUAUUCUAUCCUCAUAUAUCUAAAUCAAAUUAAAUAUAGAGGGCCUAUCGUAAUGACGGCUAUAAUUUAUAUGUACAUUUACUUUUAGCCCAGCUUAAUUGGAUCGCUGAUUGCUUUAGUAUCAAUUCGCUAAAUUUCAGGGGUCUCCUGGAUCUAAGCCAAUGUUGCAUAUAAAUUUGAUACGCUUGUGCACAAAAGAUGGGUCCUAACAUUCUGCACUCCGUUCCUCUCUUUAUUUGGUAUUAUAAUACCUUUGGGAUUAUUAUUUGGAAUGUACAAUUAAAGACAUAAGCUCAUUUACAAAAGAGGUAAAAGCUUAUUUGGAUAUCUUUAUUAUGAGUACAAACCAUAGGCCUAUUUCUGGGAGAUAAUUAAGAUUAUAACAAAAGAAUUAGUUAUUUUAUUUCUGAUCUUUUAUGAAGACUCAAUAAUUUUAAAAGGUUCCCUUAUCUAUUUUAUUCUUUUAUUUUAUUAAUAAUUAAACCUUAAAUACUAACCUUUUAAGUCUUACAGAUUGAAUCUGCUGGAUUAUUAAUCUACCUUGAUUUGUGGAGCAUCGAUCAUUUUGGGAAUAGGACUUAAUAUGGAAUAUGAAUUUAAAAGCAUUUCCAACAUAUACUUUUUUGUCUUGUUUAUUACCAAUAUAUUUAUAAUCGCCAAAUUAUUGCUCUGCAUCAUAAAUUCGUAUGUUAAUGAAAUGGAGGACAAAAUUGAUGUAAUUAAGAAAAAGAUUCUAUAACUAUUACCUAAUUCAUUAAGGAUGAGCCAGUAAUGUCAAAGAAUAUUGCAGCUCAAUGUUGAAAGAAGGAAAAGGGUAAUAAAUAACUUUAAAAGAAUGAAAUCUGCUUAUAAGCAAUUUUAACAAAAAUCUAAACAGUCCUCCAAUCAAUAACUGUUUAAUACUAUCUCAAUUUAGUAAAUAACCUAAAGAACAACAAGUCAAUUUACUGAAAGGGAUCAAGGCACUAGCUAAAAUGUACUUUUACCUAAUAAUAAUAGAAAGGAGGGUCUUGAAUUAGAAGUUUGA